GUAACUAGGCAACGAGACGCUUUGCAUUCCCUUUACCGACCGUGUUUUUUAGAUCAAACUAAAAAAUAGACUGAGUCUGACCUAAUCUCAAUUUGAAAGAAACAAGAGGCAAGGAUCCACAGGUGGGUAAGUCGAUUGAGGAGGCAGACUAUGCAACAAGAUUGCAAGCGCGCCCCUUCAACCUUUUUUUAAAAACUAUGUUUUAGAGAUACAUAAUUCUACCUGACAACAGCAAUGAAUUUAAUUCUGAUUGGGCGGGUUUUCACCAUCAAGCCUCCUUUGAUGGCUGGUUUCAUCACACACAGUUAAGUUAGCCACCACAGGAGUCGACAAGACACCCGACAAUAACCUGAACGAAAGGUGUGUGGAAGUGUAUGGUCAGACAUCAUGUCAGAUGCUGAAGUUAAGGAUCAGGAGCCUGCCACAAGCUGCGAGGAGCAUAAGCAAGAAAUGCAGAACAAUCAACCAGAGGGUAAUGAUGAAGAGAAGCAAAGGAAGAGCGGUGAUGAAGACGAGGAGAGUCCAGGAGUCAGGGAAGAGGGAACAGAGACUGACACGCUCAAGAUGACCCGGGAGUCUCAAGUCUACACAGCAACCAGAGACACACUUUUCCCAAAGAAUAUAACUCAAACCAGAACACAUGCAUUGUCACUGGAAUGGGUAUUUGGGAUGAAUCCUACACUUCCUGUCUUCAGUCUGCAAGACCAUGAUCAGCUGGUGGUCCUCUAUGCUGGAGCUCACAUUGGGAUCAUUUACAAUCACACUUCAAACUCCCAGCAUGUACUUCAGGGUCACUGCAGCCCCAUCUCGUGUAUGUGUGUGAGUGAAGACAGACGCUGGGUUGCAACUGCGGACCAGGGGCCGAAAAGCUUGGUGAUAAUAUGGGACUCCUACUCUGGCAUUCCUGUCCAUACAAUGUUCAACUGCCAUCCCAAGGGAGGUGUCAUUGCAAUGGCGUAUUCAAGGGAUGCAAAACACCUGGUAACCCUCGGGGCUGAAGAAGUUCAAUGCGUGUGUAUUUGGGAUUGGACAAAUGAAACAGAAAAGCCAUUGAGCUUCACUGAAAUCAAUCCUGAACAUGGUUUUCAAGAGUACAUCAUCUUUAAUCCAAAUGACCACACUCAGCUGCUCACCAGCAGUGAAAGAGUGGUGGUAUACUACAGCAGGGCUCAGGGAAGUCUGCAAUACGUUGCCCUAAAACUUAAAAAGUUCUGUCGCGCAGCCACCGGUGAAAGUGAUGCACAGUCCCCAGUCGGGUUUCUCAGUAGGUCUGUGUUUCACUGGAAAGAGCCUCAGGUCCUCACAGCCACUGCAACAGGAAGCCUUGUGAUAUGGGAUGCGAUGGAAGACUUGGCUGCGAAACAGUGUCUCCCUCGCGACAGAGUCGAGCUCAUCCACCUUCAGACAGAUCCAAUCACUGUCCUCACCAUAACUGACAGCUGUUUCGUAACCGGUGACACUCGAGGCCACAUCAAGUUUUAUGAUGAAGAUUUCAGGCUUCUCACAUUGUACAGUGAAUUCAACUUGGAUGCUAUUGUUUCCAUUUCCUUUUCCAAAGAGUGUACAGAGGGAUAUUUGGAGGACUGCACUCUGAAGGCCAAACCCUUCAUUUUCAGGAACUUUGUUGUGUCCACAGUCAAGUCCACAGUAGUACAUGUCAAUACACAGAAAGGCAUCCAUGAGAUCCUGCUCCGUGAGGACAGUGACCCACUACAUGCAGUAGCUUGUCACCCCAAACAGCCAUACCUGGUCACGGGCAAUCAUAAGGGCAUUUUAAAAGUGUAUGAUUACAACAAGAAAGUGAUCAUCUGUAGGAGGGUCUUUGAGACAGAGAAGCAGAUUCAGUGUGUUACUUUUGACCCUCAAGGAUCAUACCUGGCAGUUGGCUUUGGCAGUGGAGCCAUUCACAUACUGAAUUCCAGCACUUUGCAAAGUGAUCCGGAGGAUUGUUUCCAUUACACUGAAGAUGGCAUCCAUCACAUCACUUUCUCCUCCGACUCAAAGUUUCUUGCCACUGCAGAUGCUGGAAAGGCAGUGACAGUGUUCCGCUUGCAGACAAAUAAAGGGUCUUCACCUCGUUGGACAUACCUGGGCAGAUACCGCUCCCACUACAAACCCAUCAUAGACCUUCUUUUUGGGGUUCACCUAGACAGCACUAAACCCCGACUGCUAUCGCUGGGGAUGGACCGGCGUCUGGUGGAGUAUGACUUGGAAAAAAGUGUUGUGAACCAUCUCCUCGUCUUAAGCUCAGAGCGCAUUGAGCAAAGUGCUGUACCAGUCUGCAUGACAUGGUAUCCUCCCCUGACAGCAGAGCAAUUUCUUCUCAUUGCCUCGGACCAGUACAAGAUUAAGCUUUUCAACAGCACGACCAAGAUGUGCAGAAAGACUCUCCUCUGCCCAACAUACGGCUCUCCCAUCAAGCAAAUAGUUGUUCUUCCCAAGUUGAAAGAAUCUGAGACAAACUCCUAUUACCUGGCAUACAUCACUGAGGACAAGGUGGGUCUCCAGAUUUUGCCCGUGGAUGGGAACCCCUACAAGUCCAAUUCUUUGAUCUGCCAUCCGACAGGGGUGUCCGCUUUUGCCUGCUCCUCCGACAGCCGAUUUGUUUUUACUGCAGGGGGAUCUGACAGCACUGUCCUGUCAUGGGAGAUCAGCUUAAAUGCCUUGGAAGCUGCAGCCUCCUUGGGAGGAAAGGACCUGGUACCUUUUUACACUCUUUUAGUGGGAGGGAGAGAUGGCAAGUUCUACAGGGAUAUUGAGGACUUUUUCUAUUUCUGCCAAAUCCGUCAUCAAGGCACUGAGUCAAUGGAGAAACGUAAAGUAUCUACCAAGAUGCCCUUGUCAGAGGUCUCCUCUCUGAUGAGAGCAUUGGCCUACUUCCCCACUGAGCAAGAGAUAGAAGACAUGCAAAAUGAGGUCAAGUUCAGCCAGUAUGCGGAAACAGGAAAAUAUGUGACUGACAUUGACCUGGAGGAGUUUAUCAUGCUGUAUGUCAACCAUCGGCCUGCCUUCGGCAUCUCUAGAGAUGAGCUGAUUCAAGAUUUUCAUGUCCUUGGUAACCGUGUCAGUACAGGGCGGUCUGUUCUGCGGAAACAUAAGCUACUACAACUUCUACAGGCUCGAGGAGAACACAUGACAGAGGAAGAGGUGGCAGAGUGUUUCACUAAACUUUUAGGUCUGAAUGAAGUAGAUGAAGAAGGACAGGAAGGGCAUGGAAUGUAUACAUUUGAUGCUGCGAUCCCAGAUAAGAUUUCAUUGGAGACAUUUACUGGUCACAUCCUGGGCUUCCCGUCCCCAGCAGGGCAGAGUGGCAGAUCUUCCUCUUCACAGUGACGAAAGCAACAAACCUCAGACUGUCUACAACUCCUUUUACAUAUGGUGGUGUUUGAUUUAAAAAAAAAGCUGAAUAAAUAUCAAUAUCAAAUGAUAGCUACAAGUUACAAGUUAAAAUUAAUUUCAUAAGGAAAUAUUACAGAUAAACAAAACAAACUUAAGUAAGAUUGUAAAUGCAGAACUUAAGUAUUUUGUGGUGUAGGGAUUGGAGAAACCUCUCCUACCAGUGAUUGUUACCAUUUUAUUUCUUCUUGCAAAAAUGUAGAGAACAUCAAUUACUUUGAUAGAUUUCUUUCCUCCUCAAUGUUUUUAGCAUUGUCUCUGAAACUUUCGGAAAAGGGAAGAGCUCUCUCUCUCUAUGUACAAUAUGUAUAACUAAUGUAGGUAGCAAAUUGCACAUGAGUGUGGAACAAUACAUUUUUUUUAUUUUAAAUGCUGAUGAACUGAAGUUUCUCAGGCCUUUCAACUUGGAAUUGUUAUCUAUGCCAAAAAUAUGUCAUGUCAUUUUUUAAAGCGUAGCAAACUGUUCUUCUAAUGGCUCCACCUGGAGCAUCUACUACCAGAACAUUCUGCUUCCACAUUGGUUAAUAAUCUAAUAAAUGUCAUGUAAAUCAA